AAAACCAAUACAAAAAAGACAUAUAAUCCAUUCUCUUCACCAUGAGCCAGGAGCAGCCUAAGAGACCUCAAGCGGAGAAACAUCCAAUCGAAUACGGCGACGUUUUUGACGUCUCCGGCGAUUUGGCAUCCCAACCCAUCGCUCCAAAAGACGCAGCCCUCAUGCAAACUAAAGAGAACCAAAUAUUAGGCAAAAAUCUAAAGGGAGGCCCCGCCUCCGUCAUGCAAUCCGCGGCCGCCGUCAACGUCCUCCACGGCGACGUCGGUCAUGGCGAACUCUCCGCCGUGGCAAGGGAGCAAGGCGUUAGCGUCUCCGAAGGCAAACUGGAUGGCCAACGCGUCAUCACCGAGUCGGUAGGAAGACACGUGGUGGGGCAGUUCUUUGAGCCCGAGAUUCCGAUGAAAACCCCGGCCACCGCGCUGGAGCGAGAUGCCAUAACCAUCGGCGAGGCGCUGGAAGCGACUGCGGUGGCCGGAGCGGGCGACAAGCCGGUGGAUGAAAGCGACGCCGCCGCAAUACAAGUAGCCGAAAUGAGAGCCACAGGGAAGAACGAGACAGAGAGUGGGGGGUUGGGCGCCCGGGCCCAGUCAGCAGCCACACAUAACACACGCACUUUGCCUCUGUCCGAAAAGACAACCUUGUCUGAUGUCUUAACAGAUGCGAGGGAAAAACUGCAAGCUGAUAAGGCGGUGACGCGAGAAGAUGCAGAGGGAGUGAUUGGAGCUGAGCUGAGGAACAAGUUGGACAUGAAAACUACCCCUGGUGGGGUCGCUGCGUCCAUGGCUGCAGCAGCCACAAUUAAUCAAAAGAGUUAAGUUUCUUAAAUACUAGGGAAAUAAGGGAUGAUACAUGAAGAUCUUACAUAUAUGGCAGAGCUUAAGCAAAUAAAUCAAGUCACUCUGAGUUUGACUUGGAACACUACGCUACUUCUACUUCUAAAACUUUUUAGUUUGAACACUUUUUUUGUAUGUUUCACACUCUUUGUUACUUUGUGUACUCGGAUCCUCCUACUUUAAUGGUAGUGUUGUUUCUUUUUUUUUCUACAAGAAAGAUAGAUUCAUUGCUUUC